CACAAACUUUGUAAACAAACAAACCCACGUCUGCUCAUGUAUGUAUGCUAGCAAAAAUCGCAAAAAUAAGCUUUUGACUUUUGCAAUUUAUUUUAAAUGGCUUUUGAGCAAACGAGGAGAUCGUUAUGAAACAGACAGAAUGCUAAAAUGCAUCAAUAAGGCGACAGAUUAUUUGUAAAAAUAUGCAUCUAAUCCUACUUGGUCAGUGCGGUCACAGCAGCUGUUUCGCACAAAUUACAGAAAAAUUGGUUUUGCACAGUUGAAGAGACGUGAAGGAUCGAAAUGAAGAAGUGGCAACGCUUCAUGAAUGAUUUCUGCGGCUCUCAGCAAAGAUCGAGGCCCCUAUUCUGCUCUUCGCCGGUCAUGGCACCGCGAGUUCCGCAAUGCUCGCAACAGGACCUGAUAGAUUGGAGCUCAUCAGACGAGGAAGCAGGCGGUGCCAAGAGCAAUGCCGCCAGCAACGUCAGCGGCAGCAUUGUUGUCCGGCUAGACUUCGACACUGUUGACCCGUGGGCCACCGGGCUGUCCAAGCCAUCUGUCACAAAAGUCGCUGUCAAGCAAGAAAAUAAAAGCGACAGUGCUGUGACUGAUGAGAGGGCCCUUUCGCCUAUUUUGGUGCGGAAUGCAAGAAAAAGCCAAGUGGAUGAUGAUGAUGAGGACCUCUUCAAAUCGCAGGAGGACCGGCCAGCCAGUCCGAUUUUAGAAGUGAAAAGGAGGAAAUCGCCUGUUUUACGAAGAAAACGGAGACACAUUUCUGAAAAUUUGAACGCAGUUACCCCACACAAAGUGCAGAUCAUCGACGAGGAGCCACCGUCCCCAAUUAUUUCCACGCACCGGAGACCAGAGAGACUGCACAGACGGAAAACACUCGUCUGCGACGUGGAAAGUCAAUCCGUCAUGCUAGUAGAGAGUCCAACAAAAUCUCCAGACAUCAGAAACAGAUCAGUUGCAUCGCCGAAAGUGGUGCCGAGGAAGGCGUUGAAUAUGGAUUUCGAAAUAAUGGACGUUAGCCAAGCCGAAGAGUGUCCUGGCGAGCAAUUGAUCGAGUGUCCCUCGUCUCAAGACACCAAGAUUUCAGUUGGAUUGCAAAUUCAAAGUGCGUCGUCAGUGUCGGAAACUCUCACAGCGUCGCAAAAUCUCCACUCGGAUUCAUCAGGGAAAGAUUUGACCGGUUCGGUCCCACCUUUAGAUUCUGCAAAGAAAAAGAGAAAGCCAAAAAGAAACGGGCUGAUGGAGAAAUUACAAAGAGUAAAAAACCAGCAGCGCUCCUCGCGCCGAAUUUUGCUCCAUUUAAAACAGAAAGGAGAGAAACUAACAAAAGGAUUAACUCUUCAAAUCUCGAGCGUCAGUAACAUUGGCUCAAGUGCUGUUGUGUCUGGCACAUUCACUCACAAUUUGAAACAAAUUUUCAUCAUCUGUGAUGAAGAGCAAGUCUCAGAAGUGAAAGUGAAGCCCUCUGAUUUUGUCACCAUCUAUCCACCAUGGCAAACCUUUGAUGCAGCUUGGUCUGGGGCUACAAUCAUCUUUUCUCCGUGUAUUUUUGAAAAAGUGGAACCACCAGCUGAUUUUGAUCUGAACAGCCAAGGAGACAAACAGGAAGAGUUAAAAAUUAAAGAACUAUCCUGCCAAUGUUGCAAAGACCCGAGCAUUCACCCAAGCAAAUGCACCACUACUCUAAAGGAGAGCAAGGAGCUGUUGGAUCUUCUCCUCAUGCCAAACGCGUCGACACACGGCUGCAUGUUGCGAGCAGUGGAGGAGCUGGAAAAUUCAAACCAAGUGAUCGAAAGCCAAUUUCUGGACUUCCCCAUCGGUGAUGCGGUCGAGGUGCACGCCAAAUCGGCCACAGUUCCCUUGCGUCUUAAACUAACUUGUCAGAAAGUGUUUUUCUCCAGGAGACCAAGGCUGUUAAUGUCACAAGGCAAUCAAAUUCUUGAGGACGUUUGGACCAUGCUAGGAAAUGACUCGAGAGGAACUUUUUGUUUUGUUGAACUGAAGGGCGGCUUGGAGUCGUCAUUUAAAGAGGGUGACAGCUAUUGGAUGCAGGGACUGUCGCUCCACAAAAGAUUGGAUAUCGCUAGACGAUCUGAUGUAGUCAGUUUGAUCAGCGAUUUGAGUCCAGAAUGGAAAUGUGCCACACACGUGUUCAAGUUUUUAGCUGGCAGAGGAUGCGUUCUGGAAAAAUGCAGUCAAGUGCAACCCUGGCUGCCACAAAGGUUUUCAGAAUUGAAACCUGCACUACAGGAUGCAAACAUCUGCUGCAGACAAACUGUGAUCGUGAAGUAUCUGGCUUUUGAAUCAUCAAAUCUGUACGUCACUGAUUUGACUGCCUCUUCUGAAACAAUUCCUUAUGUUGUCAUCAACACCAGUCAAAGGACUGUGAUACCGGAACUAAUCCCAGGCACCAUCAUUGUAAUAAGAGAUAUGCUAACGUCCAGAGGUGACUUCGCCACGGAUGAGUUUACCUCAGUGUUUAAGGCAGAAAACCUUCCAUUCUACACGGGCUCAGUCGCUUCCAGCUGGAUUGAACAAAAUUGUCUGGAUCGGUUGAAAAAGGUUGACGUGAAAAUUCCAAAUCUCUGCCCUCAAGUGAAAAAUCACCAGCUUGCACUAGUCAAAGGGACAAUUUGUGGAGUUGACGAAGACAACUCAUGCGCUUGGCCUGUGUGCUGUAAGUGUGGAGGCGAAUCCCUCGAAGAUCUUCCCAAAGAUGUGAUGUGCUGCUUAGACUGUCACUCUGAAGGUCCGUUUUCGAACAAGGUUGCCCUGAGCGUUUACAUUAGUCCUUCACGAGGAUACCAUUGCAGCAAUGAUGACACUAAGAUCCUAAUCAAGCUACAUCAUAGCGCUAGUGAGAGCAUCCUGCCUCCUGGUUGGGAUAAAAAUGAGGUGAUUGGCGUUGAAGCUGUGUUAGGACAAGAAAUUGGUCCAUUCGUGUGCUGUGUGACUUGCAGUGACGGUUCUAAUUCUGUAAGUCUGUGUCAAGUGCCUUUCUAAAACAAAACUAAAACAAAACAAAAAGUGAAGUGAGUGCCAUGUGAUUAUGUUGGAUCUAGAGGUCGCUCAUUAAAAAUAUUGCCUCAUCCAA